AUAUUCAAAAAUAUCAAGAAGCCAUACAUCUCUCUGGUGAUGGAUUCGAAUGAGUGUUCAUCCUUACCUCUCGAAUUAUGUGAGGAAAUACUUUGUAGAGUUCCAACUAAAUCUCUUAUACGAUUCAAGUUAACAUGCAAACGAUGGUUCGCUCUUUUCAAUGACAAGAGAUUCAUCAACAAGCACUUGGCUCUCAUCGAGGAGCACUUCAUACGGAUCAAUAGUGAUCGCAAGGUUACAAUCAUCAGUCCCAUGACCAGAGCUUGUUCAUCUUUUGCACUCCCAUACGAGUUUCAAACUAAACCUGAUAUUUAUACUAUGAUUCACUGUGAUGGCUUGUUGUUAUGCAUCUUAGAGUCGUCUGCGAUGGCAGUUUGGAACCCAUGUUUGAAUCAAGUUCGAUGGAUCAAACCAGAGAGUUCUUAUUCCAUUAACUGUUUCUACGGUGGUAUCGGAUACAACGGUCUAUCUAGGGAUGGUGGGUAUAAAAUCUUGAGGUUUGGGGGCAAUGCUUCUUUUACAAACCAGUACACAAACACAAUGGUUGAUAUCUACGAACUCAGAUCUAACUCUUGGAAAAAAUAUGAAGUUUCUUUGGAUUGGCACGUGGUUACACCUUGUAGAGGAGUGUCACUCAUGGGAAACAUGUAUUGGAUUGCUAAAUGGAACCAAUCUGGCUUUUUCAUCCAAAGUUUUAACUUCUCUACCGAGACGUUUGAGCCCUUGGCCUCUCUUCCCUUUGACUAUGAUGCACAUGAUGAUGUUGUCAACUUAUCAUCUUUCAGAGGAACUAAUCUUUCUUUGUCACAACAUAACAAAAAAACGGAGAAGAUCGAUGUAUGGGUUACAAACAUAUCGUUCUUGAUCAUAUCGUGGACCAAGUUCUUUAGUGUGACGAGACCUGACUGCCCAGUAUUUCGUGCUGCCGAUGAUCUUGCUACUCAGGUGCAUUUUAUUGAUAAGAAUAAUAGGGUUGCUGUAUGUUGUGAGGAAGUAGCAGUGGAUGAAAAGUACGCAAGUGUUAGUAUCUAUCUUUUUGGAGAGGGUGAGAUAAAUAAAGAAGAGAUAGAGCUACAUAAACGAGGUUUUAGCUGGCCUUAUAUCCCCGGCUAUGCAUAUCUUCCAAGUCUUGUUCCGGUUCCAACAUAG